CAUGCGCGUUGAGUGGGAAACGACGAUUGAAAACGGGCAGCUAUGCCGCGCGGUGCGGAAAACGAGCUGGAAGCGUCCGCUUGGAACAACGGCCGGUGUAGCGGAGGACUCACCCGGGGACUGCAGGACCGGGAGGCUGCUGACAGGCGUUAACAGCGAGUCUCUCUGCCCCCGGGGGACAACCUCCUCCUGAAGCCGCGGCUAAAGCAGCGGUCGACGAGCCCGCUCCUUCUCCCCCGUUUCUCCCCUCCGCGCUCCUCUGCUUGUCGGCACCGCGAGAGAGACAGCGAGGCGCCCGCGAUGCUGCCGCUAAACGUCUAGGAUUCAGCCGCGUUGUCCGCUUGCUUGUACCCGACUGUAAAUAAAAGUGCUCAGAGACGUUAGGCGACCGCAGCGGGGUUCACUAUGGUUUCACUGGCGCUCCGCAGCAGGAGAUGUCUCAGUAGCUGCUGUAUGGGGACGUUAUGCUUGCAGUUGUUGCUGUGGAUUUUAUGUGCCGUGAACGGAGAGGAGCAGCCGUUCAGUGUGGAGGCAUGGCUCCAGAGGUAUGGUUACCUGCCCGCUGCAGACCCCAGAAUGUCAGUGCUGCGUUCGGCUCGAGUCAUGCAGUCCGCUAUCGCUGCCAUGCAGCGCCGCUACGGUCUCAAUGUCACAGGGACUCUGGACAGCAACACUAUAGAGGAUGACACGAUAAGGUGGAUGAAGAAGCCCAGGUGUGGCGUUCCUGACCAGAUAGGAGGUGCAACCAAAUUCAACGUCAGAAAACGGCGGUAUGCCCUCACGGGACAGAAGUGGCACCACAAACAUAUCACAUACAGCAUAAAGAACGUGACACCCAAAGUGGGUGCCGAGGAGACCCACGAUGCCAUUCGGCGAGCCUUCGACGUUUGGCAGAACGUGACGCCGCUGCGCUUUGAGGCUGUGCCCUACAGCGAGCUGGAGAGGACCAAGAAGGACGUGGACAUCACCAUCAUCUUCGCCUCAGGUUUCCAUGGCGACAGCUCGCCCUUUGACGGCGAGGGAGGCUUCCUGGCGCACGCCUACUUUCCAGGGCCGGGAAUAGGAGGCGACACACACUUUGACUCUGAUGAGCCGUGGACGCUGGGCAACCCCAACCAUGACGGUAACGAUUUGUUCCUGGUGGCGGUCCACGAGCUCGGCCACGCGCUGGGCCUCGAACACUCCAACGACCCCACGGCCAUCAUGGCUCCUUUCUACCAGUACAUGGACACCGACAACUUCAAGCUGCCCAUGGACGACCUGCUGGGCAUCCAGAAGAUUUACGGGCCUCCUGAUAAGAUUCCCCAGCCCACCAAGCCUUUGCCGACGGCGCCGCCUCCCCGCUCCCAUCCUCCUUCAGACCCUCGCAAGCCAGACAGGCAGACACGACCUCCGAGGCUGCCGCCGGGAGACAGACCGUCCCACCCCAACACGAAGCCCAACAUCUGCGAUGGAGGCUUCAACACCCUGGCCAUACUGAGGAGAGAGAUGUUUGUCUUCAAGGACCACUGGUUUUGGCGGGUGAGAGAUAACGCUGUGAUGCCAGGAUACCCCAUGCUCAUCAGUGUUUUCUGGAGGGGCCUGCCGCCUAAGAUUGACGCCGUGUACGAGAACAGCGAGGGCAAGUUUGUCUUCUUCAAAGGGAAGCAGUUCUGGGUGUUUAAGGACACGGUGUUGCAGUCCGGAUACCCCAAGGACAUCACCCAGUUCGGACACGGGAUGCCGGCCCAGAGCAUCGAGACCGCCGUGUGGUGGGAGGAUGUGGCCAAGACGUACUUCUUUAAAGGCGACAGGUACUGGCGCUACAAUGAGGAAAUGAGAACCAUGGACCCCGGCUAUCCCAAGCCCAUCACAGUGUGGAGAGGUGUGCCCGAUUCGCCACAGGGGGCCUUCGUCGACAAAGCCAAUGGUUUCACCUACUUCUACAAGGGGAAGGAGUACUGGAAGUUCAACAACCAGUUCCUCCGCGUGGAGCCGGGCUACCCGCGGUCCAUCCUCAAGGACUUCAUGGGCUGCGAGCUGAGGCCCAUCGACCCCGCCCGGCCCCCGGCGGAUGACGGCAACUCGGACGUGGUGAUCGAGCUCGACAACGAGGCGAACACGGUGAAGGCCAUCGCCAUCGUCAUCCCCUGCGUGCUGGCGCUGUGCCUGCUGGUGCUGAUCUACACUGUGGUGCAGUUUAAGAGGAAGGGGACGCCACGCCACAUACUGUACUGCAAACGCUCCAUGCAGGAAUGGGUCUGAAACGCCGCAGGGAGGUGAGAAGGUGGGGUGGCGGAAGAGGGCCCCUCGCUUUCACAGAGGAGGACGGUGGACUUUGGACAUCUUCAGCGGAAACGCACAGCCACGCCUCCUCCUUUUGGGUGAUCUGAUACCUUCGUUCAGACCCACGGAAACAGCCAGACGGCCUGUCGGCGACCCCGGGACUUCGAGUUGACUCUGCUAACCCCCAGCCUUUUUAACAAACAGGGGAGCCGCGGGACAGUUUGUGGGGGAUCUUUGCCUGAAACGGCCUUCGGUCCCAGUCAAACACAAAACGGAGGGUCGGCUUUGUAUCUCAGAAACUUCACUUCCUGUCCCAUUCCUCUUUUCUUUCUUUGCCCGACUGCUCUUGAUCAGAAGGAGGACUUUCAGGGGGACACGGACUCUUUCCACAGGGCACUUCGCGUCAUCUGUCAUAUCAGGUUAUUGAUUAAACAACAGUUUUAUAUUUUCUGAUCUUGGUGCCUCCCCUCCCCCCCGCUUCAUACUGCGCUCAAAAGAUAAAUACAAGUUAAUCACGUUACCGUUUUCUGUUCGUAUUUCCUCUGAUGUUUUUAUUUUCAUCGAGAAAGGAGGUCCUCACUGUUCCCUUUAACGUGCUCCAGAGGGAGAGACCAAACUAAACCAAAUAAAAAUCAAUUUCUCCCCAAAGAGGAUCGCUUUUUUUCCUUUGGCUUUCUUCUCUUUUUCUGUUCUCAUUUCAGUUCAUCCUUUCUUCUCUGGAAUCGGGAAGCUCUGACUGUUGUGGCAGUCUGUUUGAGACACAGGGGCCAAAUUAUUCUGCAAUAUUUUAACUCGCCUUAAUUAUAGAUCAUAUGACUUGUGCUUGGUUUUGCUGUUCUUUGAGUUUUUUUUUAAAUUUGUAUACCGCUUUUGUUUUUGUUUGUUUGUUUGUAACAGAAGCUAACUGUGAGCUUCCUGUGAUAUGUUUAAUUACGUUACCCAGAAUUCUCAGCACUGGAUUGCUGAGGUGUUCUGGACAGAGCAUACAGUAGAGUCAGCCUGUACUGAGGAUAAUGUAUAGUAUUGUAAAAGGAUGUCGGAAGGUUCUGGAGUUAAGCCACUAUUUUUGUGUGUUCAGCUAUUUGUUGCGUUUAUCAUGUCCACAUGGCAGAAUUCAGGCUAACUAUGAGCCUGAGGGUCUUGGGUUUGGGUUUGCUGAUGUUAUGUUUUUUGUCCUUGGCCCAUAUUGCCCUCAGUUUAAAGAAGUGCUUCUUCUGUUUGGUUAUUUGUGAAUGAACAGACCGUUUUAGUUUUGUUGUUUUUACAGAAUCCUGUUGACUGCCUUGUUUGAGAGAGCUCACAGUUCCCAGAAUGAUCCGGUCUCUUAACUGAGGACCCACAAAGUGAGACACCAAAUCCAGAUCAGUGCCUGUGUCAACGUGCAUGCAAGCAUUUACACGCUGUACAUCCAACCGGUUCUGCUCAACGUGGCUUUGGAGCCCCUCAAAAGCUGAGGAAGAAGUUUACUCUUCAAAAUAAUGUUUGCUUUUAUUUUAUUUUGUUUUUUUUACAUUUUAUGUGUACCCCAAGCCCUCCUCCCCGUUACCUCCAGGUACAAUUAAAGUGGUACAUUUGGGAAAUUUUUGGGAGAUCUGAUGGGUGAUUAGCAAGUCAAAUUGGCCUCAACAAACCGACCAACCGUUAGCAAACAUGUAGUGUCCUCGCUGUGAAGGCGAGCGUCUUUGAAUGUGUGUCUGUUUUCUUGAUCACAUACUGGUUCUUUCUUUUCUUUCCUGUUUUCUGGUCAGAACAAAUUUGAAAAAUCUCACCAUGACUUCUUUGUGUAAUACUUUGGGACAACGGGGAAACAUGUCCUGACAGAAUGAAUAAAUUGAUCAAUACAUGA